AGUUUAUUCAAUAAUGACGACUCGUAUGAUGAUUAUGGCAUAAUAAUGAUGAUGUACCUAUAACGUGCGAAUGUAUCUAGAUAUCGCAAAUAUACACGCGUUUUAACAGAUACAUUAAUGUUAAUUGAAUGCAUUUCUGAAACUAAUGAAAUUGCAAUCUCUAACAGCAGUUCAUACUCCAUCCCCCACGCGGUGAACCGCAGACAUUUAUUUAAUCUUUUUAAUAACUGCCCUCGUGGUCGUGUUGUACGUCUGGUGCAUGCAGAAACUUCCAUGUAAACUCGUAUGUGGAGAGAAGAAAAAGGAAAUAUCUCCUCUGCAUCAAUUCAGUUGCACGACAACGUUCGUCGCGAUCACGUAUACGUGUAUCACAACUUUCAAAAUGCAAACCUGUCUUCCUUCGAGCCGUAAAAUUGGCUCGUUUUAAUUUCGCUUGGAUAAAUACAGUUUUAUUUCCAAUCGCGAAGUGAAAGUUAUGAUAGAAUCGAUGAGUCUUCAAUGAGAAUACCCGAGUGAAAACAAACAUCAUCUGAAAUUUGACUUUGUAUUGGACUCGGGAAAUGUUAUCGCUCAUCGUAUAUUCGGAGAGCCCAGUUGUCUUCGAAUGUCGAGCGUGUGAAGACGUAUUUUUUUGGACUCUCGGCCGUCAGAUUGUCCAUCUUUCGACUCAACCGAGACGCCAAAAGAAGGCGUGAAAGUGUCGGAUCUUUUUAAAUUUGCCGGUUGUAACGCCGCGCAGACGUAACACGUUUCUAUUUCGCAGUUGCAGUAUUGUUAGUGUAAGCUGUUCUACUACAAACGUGCCUUCUAUAUUCUCUCGAAUAGUUAACACGUCUAUUAUUAUCAAUGUGUGCAGGUCGAUGUGUUUAAAAGACCAAAAGUGCAGUGGUCGUUGUGAACCGACGUUCAAACAUACGCAAUAAUACGAAUACACACUAACGUCCCUCCCGCAUCAUGGGCGACCAAAAUGAACCGGAAACAACCAGAGUACGUUACAGACGUGCCAAAAGCGUUACUAGAGCCGAGGAAAUUCAGAUGGCAGAAAAACGGGCGCGAUAUUCACAGCCGGACAAACCAUGUCACAGGCCGAGGGACAGCCUUUUUUCGUGGACUUCGGAAUUCGACAAUUUCACCGGUUUCAUAAACUGGGGAUUUUUGUUACUCGGUAUCGGAGGAUUCAGACUCCUGUUGGAAAAUUUCAUAAAGUACGGAAUCAGGGUAGAUCCUCGACAGUGGUUUUUUUUCCUGAGCGGAAGUAGCGACGGCAGUACAGAAUGUCCUUCCAUCGUCCUCAUACUGUACUCCACAGUUCCCGUAGUCCUCUGUUUACUCAUCGAGAAAGGAUUGGCAGUGGAAAUCAUCGCUCACGGACCCGGCAUGGUAUUCCACGUUGUCAAUCUCAUAGUCAUGGUGCUGAUGCCGAUGGUGGUUAUCCACGUCAAGGAGUCCGGUUUCAGCUUGAUCGGAGGAAUGUACGUUUGUAUGCUGUACGCAAUUUUAUUUUUAAAAUUGUGGUCGUACGUUCAAGUGAACAUGUGGUGCCGAACAAGUAGGCGAAGAAAUGGCAACUCUCAAGGCAGAAUGCGGAGGCAAUCGCUCUCCUACAACAAUUUAAAAGCGUCCGAGGCGAAGCAGAACGGAAAGUCGGUGAAGAAAAAUGGAGACGAAACCGACGGAAGUACGGAGCUGGUUCAGUAUCCGGAUAACUUGAAUCUGGCCGACGUCUACUACUAUAUCCUGGCGCCGACUUUAUGCUACGAGUUAAAUUUCCCGAGGACUCAACGUAUCCGAAAACGAUUUCUCAUUAAACGGAUUUUGGAAGUUGUCGUCGGUUGUCAAGUGGUGAUGUCGUUGUUUCAACAGUGGAUGAUACCUUCGGUUAAAAAUUCAUUGAUUCCCUUCAGUAAUAUGGACGUAGCUAAAGCUUCGGAACGUCUCCUUAAGCUUGCUAUUCCGAAUCAUUUGAUGUGGCUGUGUUUCUUCUACCUAACUUUUCACUCCUAUUUGAACCUGAUGGGUGAAUUACUGCACUUUGCCGAUCGUAACUUUUACGGUGACUGGUGGAACUCUAAUAACAUAGACACUUUUUGGAGGAGUUGGAAUUUACCGGUACACCGAUGGGCUGUGAGACAUCUCUACAUACCAGUGGUUGAAAUGGGCUAUGGAAAGACAACUGCCAGUUUGACCGUCUUCUUCAUCAGCGCUUUUUUCCACGAAUAUCUGGUCAGCGUGCCGUUGAAAACAUUCAAAAUUUGGGCGUUCAUGGGAAUGAUGGGUCAGAUUCCGUUAUCGGCUGUCAGCAGAUUCGUAGAAAAACGUUGGGGUGCUAGAUGGGGAAACAUUAUUGUUUGGUCUGGUCUUAUCAUCGGACAACCACUUUGCAUUAUGAUGUAUUAUCACGAUUACGUUGUCACGCAUUUCGGCGAGGCAUUGAUCAACGACUAUUCCAUUGUCUAGCGGAGAGUGAAAUUUCCUUUUUUUCACACGCGAGUUAAAAAAUUGUCAAAACCAGCGUCGCUGUAAUAUGAACACUGAUAUUUCCUUUGAAUUUUUGUUUCUCUUUUUUUUUGGCAAAUUAAAAAAUGCGAGCGAUAAUUAUCGUUUAUUUAUCAUCGUAUAUUAUAUCAAAUCCCUAAAGAGAUGGAUCAUUAGCGUUAAGGGAUGACCAAUUGUGUUUCUGGUUUAUAGGAUUCGAAUAAUUUAUCGAGCUUUUGAACAAAAGUGCCUUUUAUAACGACAAAUUUCUGUACACUUUAUUGCAAAUUACGUGCAAAAGCUCGCGGUUACUUACCAUUUAUCAUAUCAAUUCGUACAUCGCUGCAAAGUUUGAUUUUGUAAUCGUUCUUAUUUUUUCGUUCGUUUUUGUUUUAUCAGUUUUUGUAUUCGUUAUAUGUACAAUGCAUAUACUGAAAUAGGUAUGUAAUAAAAAUAAAUUUUUUGUACAUCGCGACAUUAUUAGCAAUUGUCAGCGUCUGCGUGUACGCCUGUUUGCAGGGGUAAUAUUUUGUGGUGACCACGUACGUACGUACCUACGUAUGCGGUUGUUAUGCAAGUGCUUUUUGCAAGACGGUAUAUUAUUUCUAAUUGCGAGAUGAAUCUUAUUCGUAUUUCGCAUUUUGUGCUUUAUCGCGCUUGCGUUGAAUGCGACGAGAACAUCCCCUAUAUGUAUAUACAGUGGGGGUGGUGGAACCAGUUCGGAUAGGUAUAAGGGGCGAGUGCGCCGCGACGCCUCUGCAGUAAACGUCGCGACGCCCUAACGUAUACGAACACUGUUCGGAGGGUUCAAAUACUAUUGGUAAACACGAGGUAUAAUAAGUGCCUGUACAUUCAUUGAUAACUGCGAUAUCGAUAUACGUUAUGUGUUAUAAAUUGUGAAAAUAUGAAGAAAAUAUCGUUGUACUUAUGUUUCUCUGUACAUCCCUGUAGGUUUAUACGCAAAAAUUGUUACGAAUUUUGCGAAAUAUAACCGGAAUUUAUUUA